CAUUAAAAACGAGCCGUCGCGCUGCGGUCCCUCCCUCUCUGCCGCUGUCUGUCGGCCCGGUAGCCGCUCCUCUCACCCUGCCUGCACCAAAACACCUCAGAACCAUGACUGACAAACUCCCCUACAAAGUCGCCGAUAUCAGCCUGGCUGAUUGGGGCCGGAAGGCCAUUGAUAUCGCCGAGAAUGAGAUGCCUGGCCUCAUGAAGAUGAGGGAGCUGUACGGCCAGUCCAAGCCCCUGAAGGGCGCCCGCAUCGCCGGCUGCCUGCACAUGACCCUGCAGACCGCCGUGCUCAUCGAGACCCUGCAGGCCCUCGGCGCCGAGGUCCAGUGGUCAAGCUGCAACAUUUUCUCCACUCAGGAUCACGCUGCUGCCGCCAUCGCUAAGGCCGGCAUCCCAGUUUACGCCUGGAAGGGCGAGACGGACGAGGAGUACGUGUGGUGCAUCGAGCAGACGAUCUACUUCAAGGACGGCCAGCCGCUCAACAUGAUCCUGGACGACGGAGGAGACCUCACCAACCUGGUGCACCAGAAGUACCCCAAGCUGCUGGCGGGUAUCCGUGGCGUGUCGGAGGAGACCACCACCGGCGUCCACAACCUGUACAAGAUGAUGAAGAAGGGCGAGCUGAAGAUCCCCGCCAUCAACGUCAACGACUCCGUCACCAAGAGCAAGUUCGACAACCUGUACGGCUGCAGGGAGAGUCUGAUCGACGGCAUCAAGCGCGCCACCGACGUGAUGAUCGCCGGCAAGGUGGCCGUGGUGGCCGGCUACGGCGACGUGGGGAAGGGCUGCGUGCAGGCCCUGCGGGGCUUCGGCGCCCGCGUCAUCGUCACCGAGAUCGACCCCAUCAACGCCCUGCAGGCGGCCAUGGAGGGUUAUGAAGUGACCACCAUGGACGAAGCCUGCAAGGAAGGGAACAUCUUCGUGACGACCACCGGCUGUGAGGACAUCAUCCUCGGACAGCACUUCGAGAAAAUGAAGGACGACGCCAUCGUCUGCAACAUCGGACACUUCGACUGCGAGAUCGACGUGAGCUGGCUCACCAAGAACGCCGUCCAGAAGAUCAACGUCAAGCCUCAGGUGGACCGCUACCGCCUGAAGAACGGCCGUCACGUCAUCAUCCUGGCCGAGGGCCGGCUGGUCAACCUGGGCUGCGCGAUGGGCCACCCGUCCUUCGUCAUGAGCAACUCCUUCACCAACCAGGUGCUGGCUCAGAUCGAGCUGUGGACCAACACGGCCAAAUACCCGCUGGGAGUCUACUUCCUGCCCAAGAAGCUGGACGAGCAGGUGGCGGCGGCCCAUCUGGACAAACUGGGCGUGAAGCUCACCAAGCUGUCAGACAAGCAGGCCAAGUACCUGGGCCUCCCCGCCGACGGGCCCUUCAAACCCGACCACUACCGCUACUGAGGCCCCGGCCAGCCGGAAGAGGGGGAGCCAGCAGGAGGAGGCGUGGCCUCAAAGAUUCAGAGACGCUUCCACACAUAUACACACACACACCUGAAGGCCAAUCAAACAUCAGCUGAUUGCUGCGUGCUCUCACACGCCUCGAGUCGGUCCCGUCGCCUCUCCUCGCCGCCUCUCCUCUUGCUCAGCGCGACCCGUCGGAUUCCUCCCGCCGUUAACGUCAUUCCCUCCUCUCUCGUGGAAUCUUCACUUCCCUCGUCUCGAGGCGGCGGGCGACCGAGCGCUUCCUCUCUCUCUCUCUCUCUCUCUCCUCCAUAUCACGUCGGAUCGAGGCAGACAGUUGAUCGCGCCGCUGCCUUAUUCCAGUGUGCUCACAUUAACACUGCCCUCCAUUAGCACUUAAU